CUCUCCUCUGCCGCCGCCACCGCGUUUCUAGGGCUUCCCCCAUCCCCAAUUCAUCCUCCACCACCUCCGGCCCAGAUCUAGCAGUGAUGGCGACCGCAGAGGCGGGCGAGAAGAAGAUGAUCAUGCUCAUCUCAUCUGACGGCAUGGAGUUCGAGGUAGAGGAGGCAGUCGCCAUGGAGUCGCAGACCAUCCGCCAAAUGAUCAAGGAUGAGUGCGCCGACAAAGGCAUUCCGAUCCCCAACAUCAACUCCAAGAUCCUCUCCAGGGUCAUCGAGUACUGCAACAAACACGUCCCGACCAUGCCAACCACUGGAGCCACCAAUGCCGCUGCGUCUGACACCGUAGCUCCCGCCGCCCUAGCCAAGGACCUCAAGAUCUGGGACAGAGAAUUCAUCAAGGUCAACCGUGCCACCCACUUCGACCUCAACCUGGCUGCAAGUUACCUCAACAUCAAGGGUUUGUUGGACCUGACUUGCCAUACUACCGACACGAUUAGUGGCCACAAUCUGGAGGAGAUCCGUAGUUUCCUUCAGCAUCAAGAACGACUACUUGCCUGAGGAGGAGGAGGAGACGAUCCGUGGAGAGAACUAGUGGGCAUUUCAGUAGAGGAGCAUCUAGGUCGCGUUGAGUGAACGCUUAGUAUUCUCAUGUGAACCUUAGCUGCACUCUUUGUGUUUUAAUUGGUUGUAACUGUACUGGAGUUUAUGAGGUGGUGUCAGUGAACAUAUUCAGCGUU